AGCGUCACAUAUCCUACCGCACAAAAGAAAGACGUGUGGCAAUUAUGCAGCACAAAAUAAGUGGACAUUGUCAGUUACUGCUGGAACCAUUCAAUCCAGUUUUUUAACUAGGUAUGGAGGCAGUACGCUGUGCCACUCGGGUGGAUGUGUGACACGGCAAGCGCGCACCCGACCUGGCCAUCUGAGCGCUGCAAAGAGCGACCGCCGCGCGCGGCUGGGACGCAUCACUACUGUACUGUACCUCCUUUAGUCGUGCAGCUUUAAGAACUGAGUCUGCGCAAUGGGCUCCCGAGUUUAGUGGUCGGUCUGCGGUGAAAAUUAACCAGAAAAGAAUACGGAAUAAAGGAGAAUCAUUCUAACCGAGGAAUAAACAUCAUACCCACGGACCCAAGACUGGAAAUCAUAGGCCGACUGAGGGUGGAUUUUCGGGGACAGUCAUGGCGGGGGUGGGAGUGAAAAGGAGGAAAGCGGGGCUCCCUGGUUUCUGCUGGAAAACCUGCUAUUUUCAUAUUUUAUUUUGGGUUGUCUCGAUUUGUGGUGAAGAGAAGACCUUCAUCGUUGAGACAUGGCUGAAGAACUAUGGCUACCUGCUCCCCCACGACAUCCGGACGUCAGACCUGCGCUCAGAGAAGGCCAUACAGUCAGCUGUCGCUGCUAUGCAGCGUUUCUACGGGAUCCCAGUAACCGGAGUGCUGGACCAGACCACCAUCGAGUGGAUGAGGAAACCUCGAUGUGGAGUCCCCGAUCAUCCCCGGAUCAGUCGCCGUCGACGGAACAGACGCUACGCGCUAACGGGCCAGAAAUGGAGGCAGAAACACAUCACCUACAGCAUACACAACUUCACGCCUAAAGUAGGGGAGAAGGACACGCAGAAGGCUAUACGGCAAGCCUUCGACGUCUGGCAGACGGUCACGCCGCUGACAUUCGAGGAGAUCCCCUACUCAGAAAUAAAGAAUGAAAGGAAAGAAGCUGACAUCAUGAUCUUCUUUGCCUCUGGGUUCCAUGGCGACAGCUCCCCCUUUGACGGAGAGGGGGGCUUCUUGGCCCAUGCCUAUUUUCCUGGCCCUGGAAUUGGAGGGGACACGCAUUUUGAUUCCGAUGAACCCUGGACAUUAGGCAAUGCUAAUCACGACGGGAAUGACCUCUUUCUGGUGGCGGUGCACGAACUGGGCCACGCCCUGGGCCUGGAGCACUCCAACGACCCCAGUGCUAUCAUGGCGCCCUUCUACCAAUACAUGGAGACGCACAACUUCAAACUUCCGCUCGACGACCUUCAAGGCAUCCAGAAAAUAUAUGGAAUCCCCACUGCCAUGGUGGAGCCCACCCGGCCACUGCCCACUUUACCGUCCCGCCGAACCCACUCCACCUCAGAGCGAAAGCAUGACCGGCAGUCACGGCCACCGCGUCCGCCUUCCGGCGACAGACCCUCCUCCCCCGGGAAUGGGAAGCCCAACAUCUGCGAUGGCAACUUCAACACCGUGGCCUUCUUCAGGAGGGAGAUGUUUGUUUUCAAGGAUCGCUGGUUCUGGCGACUGCGUAACAACAAGGUGCAGGAGGGCUACCCGAUGCAGAUCGAGCAGUUCUGGAAGGGUCUCCCCGCCCGUAUCGAUGCCGCCUACGAGAGGUCAGAUGGGAAGUUCGUCUUCUUUAAAGGUGAUAAAUACUGGGUGUUCAAAGAGGUGACAGCAGAGCCGGGGUACCCGCACAGCCUGGUGGAACUGGGCAACUGCCUGCCGCGUGAAGGCAUCGACACCGCCCUGCGCUGGGAACCCGUGGGGAAGACGUAUUUCUUCAAGGGGGACCUGUACUGGCGCUACAAUGAGGAGAAACGGACAGCUGAUCCCGGGUACCCUAAACCCAUCACCAUCUGGAAGGGCAUCCCUGAAUCACCCCAAGGUGCUUUUGUCAGCAGGGAAGGCUUCUACACUUAUUUUUACAAGGACAAGGAUUAUUGGAAGUUCGACAACCAGAAGCUGACGGUGGAGCCCGGAUAUCCCAAAUCCAUCCUCAAGGACUGGAUGGGCUGUGACCAGUCCGAGAUGGAGAAGAACAAGGACCGGCAGUUGAGCCAUGACGACGUGGACAUCAUGGUUGCCAUCAAUGACGUGCCCAGCACGGUCAACGCCAUCGCCGUGGUCAUCCCCUGCAUCCUGUCGCUGUGCAUCUUGGUCCUGGUCUACACCAUCUUCCAGUUCAAAAACAAAGGAGUUCAGCAAAACGUCACCUACUACAAACACCCGGUGCAGGAGUGGGUAUGACGGCCAGGGGUGUGGACUUCGCCACUUCCGGAUAUUGUUGAGAGGGCUACAAAGAAAAUUAACAAAAACAAAUCGAGACGACUGAGGAGCACCAUGUGGCCAGUGCCUGCCUUGAACAACCAAUGGUGAAACGGGGAAGUGGGGGCCAGGGUGCUGUCCACGUCCUGCCUCCACAAGGACCCAGUGAUCAUCGAGUCCCGCGUACCGUAUUUAGCAUGAACCGAAGCACAAAUGGCUGAGAGGCCGCUGACUCGAGGGGAACUCGUGAUCUCCUCCACCUCCGGCCAGACGAGCCGCGUGUCCACUCAUACCGGGCUGUGUCACUCUUCUCCACACCCACACUGUACGUCCGUGGGACUCCCGAGUGGCUCUUGUGUUCGGAGGGCCACGGAGCCCUGUGUGAGUGCUCUGAGCGGGCCACCAGCAACCUUCGUCUCUUUCUGUAAUAUCGACUUGUACAUGAAAUCGAAAUUAUAUCAAGUAAAACAUUAGAAGGGAAAAAAUUGACAAAAUUAUGAGAAAACAACAAAAUGUAGGUAGAAAGGCCAUAGAAAAUAAAACCAAGGAUUUUUUUUUUCUGUGGAUGGCUUAAUGUUUUAAUUUAUGGAGCGUCCUUAAAUGAUCAAAGGACGUAUGUUUUUUGUGUGUAUACAAAAACCUUUUUUUACUCCCUGACUUGGCACAUUCAGGCUUUAGUGAUGAACGCUGGGCUUUAAGAAGUCCUCCAUCAAUAGCUGACACGCAGCGAUCCCAGUGCAAACUGGCUAUUUUCGGGACUGAGUAGAUGUGGAUGAAGCAGGGGGGAUGUGUUCUGCAUUUCAGCAGGUCGAUAGUGUUAACGCUGUAUCGCUUGCUUGAGUCUGGUUGGCUUUUCAGAGUUUGGUCCAUGACUCCACAUAAACCAAAAAGCACAUGGGCUGUCCUGAAGUCAUCCAUGUCUGCCGCGUGGUGAUGAUGAUAACAGUAAGGCCAGAAUUAACUGCUGUGUUGAAGCAGCCUUAGUCUCACUUUAACUCCUUGCAGUGACUGACUUUCUCUAUCUGUCCGUUGAUAUUAUAGAUCCAUACACAUCCCUGCAUAUCAGUCUUGAUGCCGUCAUCAUUGUAAUCGUUUCACGAUUCUCCCCAACAACAGGACUCCUGAAAGUGUGUUAGCAAGUGGGCUUUUUUAAAAGGACAAUGAUAAAUGUUUGAGAGUAAGGCUGCUUCUGUGCUCCUGUCUAGCUAUUUGGGUCUGUAGGACCAGGCAUAUUAAUGAAGGUGAAUAGAUGUUUGCACCCUCAAAAAUAGGAAGUAUUGAUGCAUUAUACAUAAUGCUGUAAUUCAGUCCCAUGAAUUGUUUUCAUUCAUUGCCUUUGCUACCAUGAUUGUUUUAUAAAAAUGCAUUUUGUGACAUCGGUCAAGGCAGAAAUGGAACAGAUUUUGCGAGGAUAUAGUUUUUUUCUCUGGUCAGAUAACUUUAACCCCAAUGGGGUCUGUUCCACUGAGAGCCGUUUCCUUUCUCGUGAUCUCAUGGCCCGAACCACACAAGUUGAGACGAGCUCACAGAUGACCACCGUUAGAUGUCAAACAAUCAAAGCCAUUUGCCUUGACGUGACGAGAUUAGCAUUAAACUUCUCUUUUUGUCUUACUGCGUACCUGUUGCACUGUUGGGGUUUAAGAUGAAAUUGUUUUAAUACAAAUUGUUAAGUCAAUAUUGACAAAAAUCUUGUUCAUGCCAAUAUUUCAUCCAGGAAGAGAGAAGAAUGUUUUGGGAAAAGUUCGGUGACGUGCUCCUAAUCCUACUUGCAGUAUGCAGGCAAAAUUUCUUAGCUACAUAAAACAUUUGUGGGCAAUUGAAUGACAGAUCUGGAAAUUUUUCUCAGUCACAUAUUUUUGAUCAGUACUCAUAAGCAUAUAGAUAUUGAUUCAUCAAGGCAGGAAAAUGCAGUUAUUACUAAGUCCGUUUUUACUCUGCAGUAGGUUAAUUUCAAAGCCUACCUUCACUGCAGUAUUGGUUUGGUUUAAUUUAAACAAGUUUAUACAAACCUAUGACGAUUAAUAUUGAUGAAUUUGAAUUAAAUAAACGCCUGAAAUGUAUGUACUGUACAGAGCUUGCAGUGUAUCCGACAUAUUUACAAUACUACGAGAUUCGACUGUUAGACAUAGUCAGAGAUGGGGGAUGGGACUUCCAUCAGAUGGUUAUCUGGAUUUAUGCAUUUGCUUUUUGAAUUAUUUUUUGUAUCUGUUAGAUUUACCUGCAAGAUUCCAAAGCAUGGACAUGUAUCGUCGAGUCAGCUCUUUCUUUAACUUACCGCGCUUAGAAAUUGCGUACAUAAUUCAUAGCUCUGCAAAAUCCACGGUUGAGCAGAUCAAAGUCGAUGUUUUUUUUUUUUUGGAUCAAUCCUUUUACCUGAGAGAAUACAAAUUAUGGGAACCCUUCUGGGUUGCUAGAAAGUACUAUGGUGAAUAUGAGCAAAUUAUGGGACAGACAUUAGAGGUUUUUGUUUACAGUUAAUCUUACCUCUAUUAUGGAUUCCAAACGCAUCAUGCAUUUUUGGACCGUUCUUUAACAUCUGGCGUCCAUGCCAGACUUAAGCCUGAAGAUCUUGCAUGUCUGUUUUCUCCAGUCAAUCAAGCGUGGCCUCAUUGACUCCUCUUAAGUGAUCCUGGAUUGCGAUGGUCACGAAGGGUAGCCGACUUUCCGCGAUUCUGCUUCCGUGGUCCUUUGCCAGCCAUUCUUUAUUCCCAGAAUUAUAAUCUUGGAAAUGCAGCGGCCAGCACUGCGCUCCUGAUUUGUCUUCUUGCUGGUGAGCCCGCUGAACCUUAAAACAAGACUGGCGUGAGAUUAGAGAUCGUUCGUAAAAAGUCUUGCUCCAGAUUUUCCCGGAUUUUUUAAUCGACGGCAAACAGUUGGUAGUGCUUUGUGUAGUAGAAGGUGCUAACUGUCUCUAUGAAAGGCCUUGGCACUUAGUAGUGUGUUUAAUUAUAAAGGUACUUUAGCUGUAUUGUUACUUGAACGGGGGCUGUUUAGACACAUUUCUCUUGAAUGAACUGUCGCUAACGUACACAGACGGCCGGCGGCAGAGGUCUUUCAUACUUUCUGUAAGGCCAGCUUCUCCAGCUAUCCCUGGGAGAUCCCUGACUCCUCUUUUUCUGACCUCCAGGAGCUCCAUGGUCCUGUUGUGGGCAUCAUGGCAGCAACUGUCUUGAUAGCUCUGGUUCUGUGUUCAUAUGUAACUAACUCGCCACCAGUUUAAUUUCCCCAUUGAUGUGUACAUAUGACGCACGGGUGUUUGCUGCCAGCUAAAACUACUUUUAUUAUCCUUAUAUGUCAUUUUUGGAAUUAAAAUCCAUUUCACCAUUUUUUCUUGAAAAUUCUUUCAGUCUUCCAAAAGCAUUUAUAACAAAAUCCUGAAGUAUACCGUUCAUAUUUGAUUUAUUUUUGCCUUAACAGUCUCCUGUGGUAUAUCAUUAAGACUCUGUGCCUUGUCUAGAAAAUUUGCAGUGGCUUACUCUGAUCGAUAUUUGCCACAAGUACUAGACCUUUAUGUGGGGCAUCAGGGUUUAAAAGGAACUUCAUUUGUCUUAACAUUUUUCUUUUUUUCUUUGACAAGUAUCUUGCAUGCUUCACAUCAGAAAGCCUAGAUGAUAACCUGGAGGUAAGCGUUAGGGUUUUGCUGAACCACUUAGCAUUCUGUUAGAAUUCUAGUGAUGGAUAUAGAACACCGAAUAUAAAAAUGAUGUCUUACAUUGUAGUCCCCUACAUUUUGGAUGUAAUGACUUUACAGCAUGUGUUCAGAUUUGCUUUUCGGUGCCUCAUUGUCUUACUGGAUAGCAGAGUCACUGUGUUUGGGUAAAAUCGGAUAUCCUUCUGCCUGGUUUGAAGUCCAGACAUCUCGAUGAGCAUGGUCAUACAAGUUUGAAAGGUCUCUGAAAAGCUAGACGUGAGAGGUGGCCAUUUCAGAAACGUUACACGCCGCAGUUACACUCCCGGUCUUCCACCGUUACGAGAAUUUUGGCAUGUAGAACAUUCGUCCCCUGGGCUUGUCGAAAGGACCAGCUUUUGGUUUUUUUUUGGAGUGUUAUACUUACUGAGAUAGAUGCGCACGAUGUACGUAAACUAGCUCCCUGUCACUCUGCAUCUAAAAAGAUACAGAUGUGGUGAUGGGUAUGGCGAUUCUCCAUAAUAUGCUAAACAUCUGUCAUCUGAAUGGCAUCUACAGAAGCAUCAGUCCAGUCCGUUGCUGUAUCAGGGUAUUUCAGGUUUGAGGUAAUCUUCCUGUAGCAUUGUUCAUACCUUAGGUUGCAGCAGACAGCCCAUCUGUUAUCACAACCUUAUGUUCACAUCGCCUUAUUCUGAGUUUCUGACUACUAAAUAUAAACCUUCUCCGUAAACUGCUGUCGAUCGGAUAUUUAUAUGGUUAUUUUUAGUCUCUAAAAAAAAAGCUUGGCACUCUUUAAAAUGCAAGCAGGUACCCACCUCAGAUGACAUAAAGCCAUUGUACUGAUUCCGCUGUGAGAUAAGCAGUCUAGUUUAGGAUAUUAGUCAGCAUAAUGGAGAUUUUUGCUAAAUAUAGGAUCCUUUUGAGGGAGCUGUCGUAUACAUAAUUGAUAAAUCUCUUUACUGAACUGUUUUUUUUUUAUUUUCUUCUAUUAUUCAUACAUACAUUUGGUAUCUUAAUCCUAAAGACUAGAAUAUUUGUGGACCCAGGUUGAUGAAAACAGUGAUCUUACUUGGAAUCAGCUCUGAAUCUGAAUUGCUAUAUAAUAAUUCGAGCCAGGUAUAUUAAUAUGGAAGUUUUAAAAAUCUUUAAUUAAAAAUGGUAAUACAUUGGCAACUGUGGAUAUAAUUAUGCAUCUGUUUUAUUUCCUUACUAUAUAGCAAUGAUAUUCUAGACACUUAUAUGAAAUUAUUCAGAUGUAAAUGUUUAACACUAUUGCAUAUUUAAUAAUAUUAUUGAAUGUUUAUGGUAAACUGGAAGUACUGCAUUGUAUCCAGAUGUGUGAAAUGUCUUGAUUCAGAAAGUAGUAUGGUACUGAUGAACUGAGAUAGAUCAGAAUAUUUGUGGGAUUAGUAUAUAUGGAGAACAAUCCUGAUCAUCACUGAGAUGUUUCCCAGAAAUUAAAUACGUAUAAGUUAUAGUUUGAGGGCAUGAAAAUGAAAUGUGCCCAAAUCACCCUUUUUCUGUAAUUCAUCUGUCAAAAUAAGUUAUACAGAUAUUCUAAGGAAACAUUAGAAAUUUAAAUAACUGCAGAGCUUCCUUCUUUGUGAAUAUGUACCAGAUCUUGAACAACAGAGAAUUGCCUUUAAAUUGCCUGUUGUUGCCUUUUCUGUUUCUAAUGUAUUUUUGAUUUUAAUGGUACAAAAUAGCAACAGAAGACAUAUCAAAACUAGUUCAGACUUUUUAAUUAAACAAAAUGUAUUAAAUACUUUGGAUAACAAAGAACGAGUCAGAUUUUAACAGGUAAAGCUUUAAGAGAGAUAAAAGUUUUUUAUCACUAUUUUAAAGAUAACUUCUUUUUAAAAAACUUGUGCUUGAAAUCUAACUUUCCGCACGGAUCCGUCACUGUUCCACAUGCAAACGGUUAAAACUGGUUUGACCUUUUUUUUUAUUAUUUUCAAGUGCAUUUUCUGUGCAUAUGUCUAAGAUUCUGCCCACCUCCUUGUUAACAAUACUCAGUGCAGUUUUUUCCCUAAUCGCUAAAUGCAGCCACCUUCACAGUGGUUUUCUCCAUCUAUCUCCCGAAUCACAGACAUAUAUAAUGUGGAUGCUGAAGCUCAACGCACCAAUCCGACUGUCCGUAAAUGCCUCCCAGGUUGUCCGAAAACUCCAGUGUAACUGGGUGAAUUGAAAACCAAGACUAAAUUUUUUUUUUUUUUUUUUUUUGUAACUGUAACACAGAUUUUCCUCAAUUGUUAACAUUUUGGAAGAAUCAAACCUCCUUGGGGUGUAAGUUCACAGUAACGGGGAUUUUUUUUAUUUACUGUGGAUUCUGUUCAAUUGUUUGCCAUUAUGAAAUGAGGUUUUUGCAUAAUUAAGGUCAGCAUAACAUCUCAUGACAAAACAUGUAAAUAAAAAGGAUACAUGCACACAUUGAGAUUUAAAGUCCUCUUCUUUUUUAGGUGUUUUAUGUCAGCACUGCUGUUUUUAUUGCCUUUGUUAUAAAUAGGUCAAAGGUUUGUUUUAGCAUAUUAAAUCUUUAUAUAUAUACAUAUACAAAUACAUUUUAAUUAUUAAUCAUACUGACUGGAGCAAGAUAUCAUUUUGUUUACCAUUUUAUUUCUUUAAGAAAUCCACACUGUGUAUAACAAUUUCACCAUGUUGUAUUUUAAAAGGAAAUGUUAAUAAAAUAAUCAAGUUG